AAUGAUCCCCUUAAUAAUAUCAUCUAAAAAUUGGUUAUAUGUGCAGUUAACCAUAUUACUGCUUAUAGUUUUACUGUCAACAUUGCGAUGGAUCAUUUGGGGAGAUGCAAAACAUCUCAUUAAUGCUAGACUAGAUAAAGUUAGGAGAAGCUCGUUUUUGUAUCGGGCCUCCCUUAUAAGGAGGUAUAAUAACUACCUUAGACAUGAAUCAUUUGAAGCGAGAAAGAAUUUUUAUAUAAAUGAACAAAAUGGAUUUUUAACGAUUUUACCACCGAAGCUUUCCUUUAAGGAGUCCCUAGAUGGAUCAGAUAAUACAGACUCUUCAAGCUUUAUCAGAUACAAUAUGUCAUACAAUAUCAUGCAAUGUAUAUUAGGUUACGCAUUUAGCUACCUUUUUCCCGGAUACCUAGCUGCGAUUAUUCCCUUUUUCUUACCUUAUCAAUUCAAAAGCUUGUUGCAAAUCGGGAUGAACGUUUCAUACCUAACAACUAGUUACAUUUCUGCGUUACCAUGGCAUUUAAUCAACUUAAUGACCAGCUGGAAGUUUAUUGACAUUUAUAAGUAUCUGUUGCAAAGACCAGUCAUUCUGAACAAAACUACAACGAUCAAGGAUUAUAGCGACCAUUUGGGUGUGGAAAUAGAUAACGAAUAUGUUAGUUUUGGAGCGAUAUUCAGCCAGGUUAUAAACCAAACUUCACAACUAUUCAUGGAGGAAAAGGAAAAGUUGGAGAAUACCAUGCAUCAAAAUAUCUUUGGCCACGUUGAAAUAAUGGCCCUAAGUUUACUUGAACAUUGACAAGUGUCGAUACAUCCACAAUUUUGUUGAUUGCA